CAAAGGUCUGUGUGUUGAUGUUUUGAGCAGGCGAUCUGUGAAGACAGUCAAGGAAAUAUCCUUAGGUCCUCAUCCUCACGCAAGACGAGAUUAUUCCAAGAUGGCAGCCAACAGCAGUAGCACGGGUAGUAAAAGCGUUGCUGGUGGUGGUAAACAGUCUGGACCAUCGGCUGAGCAGGUGGUGGCCACCUUCCAAAGGAUGCGCCAGGAGCAGCGUAGCAUGGCCUCCAAAGCCGCAGAGUUCGAGAUGGAGAUCAACGAGCACAGUCUGGUGAUUGACACGCUGAAGGACGUCGACCCGUCCAGAAAGUGCUUCAGGCUCAUGGGUGGCGUUCUGGUGGAGCGCACGGUCAAAGAGGUGCUUCCUGCGCUGGAGAACAACAAAGAGCAGAUUGGCAAGCUCUUGGAAGUGCUCAACCAGCAAAUGCAGACCAAAGGGCGGGAUCUGACGGAAUACCGGGAGCGCUACAACAUCCGAUUGGUGGGUGAAGAGGAAAAGGGUAAACCGUCGGCUGGCUCAUCCAAUAAGGAGGCUGGAGAUGGGGGCAGUUCUAAACCCAGCACAGGGGUGCUGGUGUCAUAAUGGACUUGGAAUACACCAAUGUGACCUCCUGGACACAUAACAGGAAGUGUAGCCAGAUGCUUGCCUGGCGAUGGCAAGGCGUGGUCUUGGAAGGCCAGGAUGUGCUGUGAUAUGCAAGUGGUGUUUGGGGUGUUUCAUCAUUGCAAGCAAUUGCUUUGAGUUGUUCCCUCUUCUU